GAGGCGGAGGCCAUGGCUCCACCGUGGAAACAAGAACGGCCUUAUGUUUCCCCUGGGUCCCCUCGGUCCUGUUCUUCUGUGGACCUGGCUAGGCCUGAGUGGGCGAGCGCGUGACAUCUUUCCGUGGCUCUCAGGAUACCGGGGGGACCCCGGCGGUCGCGUGCCCCACUCCCCGCUCUCGUGGGCUGCUAGUCUCGCCAGGUCUUGCGUCCGGCUUUGGCGGGGCUCUCGGCCUGUCGGCCUGAGUCGCCCGGGUCUGGCAGCAAACGUUUAGUAAAAGACGAGACGCCAGGUGGAGGACGCGUGUAGUCAUUUGCUUCAGAGGUUUCCAGACCAGAAGCUUGAUUUGUUAGACGCUCCUCCUCACCGCAGAGAAAGGCAGCAUCGCCUUUUUAGCCGGAGCUUGCUAGGAAUGAGAGUAAACAAUGUUUACGAUGUGGAUAAUAAGACGUAUCUUAUUCGUCUUCAAAAACCAGACUUUAAAGCUACACUUUUACUUGAAUCUGGCAUACGAAUUCACACGACAGAAUUUGAAUGGCCUAAGAAUAUGAUGCCGUCUAGUUUUGCCAUGAAGUGCCGAAAACAUUUGAAGAGUCGGAGAUUAGUCAGUGCAAAACAGCUUGGUGUGGAUAGAAUUGUGGAUUUUCAAUUUGGAAGUGACGAAGCUGCUUAUCACUUAAUCAUUGAGCUGUAUGACAGGGGGAACAUUGUUCUUACAGAUUAUGAGUACCUAAUUUUAAAUAUCCUAAGAUUUCGAACUGAUGAGUCAGAUGAUGUUAAAUUUGCUGUUCGUGAACACUAUCCAGUUGAUCAUGCUAGAGCUGCCGAACCUUUGCUUACCUUGGAAAGAUUGACUGAAAUAAUAGCCAGUGCACCUAAGGGUGAACUACUGAAGAGAGUUCUUAACCCAUUACUUCCCUGUGGACCAGCUCUCAUUGAACACUGUCUUAUAGAAAAUGGAUUCUCUGGCAAUGUCAAACUGGAUGAAAAAUUUGAAAGUAAGGAUAUUGAAAAAGUACUUGUUUGUCUUCAGAAAGCAGAAGAGUAUAUGAAAACAACAUCCAACUUCAGUGGAAAGGGGUAUAUCAUUCAGAAAAGAGAAAUAAAACCAAGCCUAGAAGUAGAUAAACCAACCGAAGACAUACUCACGUAUGAGGAAUUUCAUCCUUUCUUGUUUUCUCAACAUUCACAAUGUCCAUAUAUAGAAUUUGAAUCAUUUGACAAGGCCGUAGAUGAAUUUUAUUCCAAGAUAGAAGGUCAGAAAAUAGAUUUAAAAGCUUUACAACAGGAAAAACAAGCAUUGAAGAAAUUAGAUAAUGUCCGAAAGGAUCAUGAAAACAGAUUAGAAGCUCUUCAGCAGGCUCAGGAAAUAGACAAACUUAAAGGAGAGCUUAUAGAAAUGAACCUACAAAUAGUUGACAGAGCCAUUCAGGUUGUUCGAAGUGCUUUAGCCAACCAGAUAGACUGGACAGAAAUUGGGUUAAUUGUGAAAGAAGCCCAAGCUCAAGGAGACCCUGUUGCAAAUGCAAUCAAAGAAUUAAAACUACAAACAAAUCAUGUUACAAUGCUGCUAAGAAAUCCAUACUUGUUAUCAGAGGAGGAAGAUGAUGAUGUUGAUGGUGACGUCAGUACUGAGAAAAAUGAAACCGAACCACCAAAAGGAAAAAAGAAAAAGCAAAAGAAUAAACAACUGCAGAAGCCUCAGAAAAAUAGGCCAUUGCUUGUUGAUGUUGAUCUCAGCUUGUCAGCAUAUGCCAAUGCCAAAAAGUAUUAUGAUCACAAGAGAUAUGCUGCUAAGAAAACACAGAAGACUGUUGAAGCUGCUGAGAAGGCGUUCAAAUCAGCAGAAAAGAAAACAAAGCAAACCUUAAAAGAAGUCCAGACAGUUACCUCUAUUCAAAAAGCAAGAAAAAUAUAUUGGUUUGAGAAAUUCCUCUGGUUCAUUAGCUCAGAGAACUAUCUAAUUAUUGGUGGACGAGAUCAGCAACAGAAUGAAAUAAUUGUGAAAAGAUACUUGACACCAGGGGACAUUUAUGUACAUGCUGACCUUCAUGGAGCAACUAGCUGUGUAAUUAAGAAUCCAACAGGAGAACCAAUUCCCCCUCGGACCUUGACUGAAGCCGGCACGAUGGCACUUUGCUACAGUGCUGCUUGGGAUGCACGAGUUAUCACUAGUGCUUGGUGGGUGUACCAUCAUCAGGUGUCUAAAACAGCACCAACUGGAGAAUAUUUGACAACAGGAAGCUUCAUGAUAAGAGGAAAAAAGAAUUUCCUUCCUCCCUCACAUCUAAUGAUGGGGUUUAGCUUCCUCUUUAAGGUAGAUGAGUCUUGUAUUUGGAGACAUCGGGGUGAACGAAAAGUCAGAGUGCAGGAUGAAGACAUGGAGACAUUGGCGAUUUGCACAAGUGAACUCAUAUCAGAGGAAAUGGAACAACUAGAUGGAGGUGACAGUAGCAGUGAAGAAGAUAAAGAGGAAUUACAUGAAACUCCUGUGGAAGUGGAACUUGUGACUCAGGUUGACCAAGGGGAUAUUACUACUCAGAGUGGUGGUGAUGAGCUAAAUGAACUAAUUCAGGAAGAAAGCUCUGAAGAUGAAGGAGAAUCUGAGGAGGUGGUAAAGCAUCAGGAACCUGUUGGUGAAAUGAAGGAUGAAGGGGAAGAGACAUUACAUUAUCCUGAUACUUCCAUUGACUUGUCCCACCUUCAAUCCCAAAGGUCUCUCCAGAAAUUGGCUUCAAAAGAGGAAUCUUCUAAUAUGAGCGACAGUAAAUUGCAGAGCCGGAGGCAUUUGUCAGCCAAGGAAAGAAGGGAAAUGAAGAAAAAAAAGCUUCCAAGUGACUCAGGGGAUUUAGAAAUGAUAGAAGGAAAGGACAAAGAAAAAGAAAAUGCUCUACACAUUGAAACUCCUCAGAACACCAGCAAAAAUGUCCCGGCUGUGCAGCCAAUGAAACGAGGACAAAAGAGUAAAAUGAAAAAAAUGAAGGAAAAGUACAAGGACCAAGAUGAAGAAGAACGUGAGCUCAUCAUGAAAUUGCUAGGGUCUGCAGGUUCAAACAAAGAAGAAAAAGGGAAGAAGGGGAAGAAAGGUAAAAUAAAGGAUGAACCAGUGAAGAAACAGCCCCAGAAACCUAAAGGCGGACCAAGAGUUUCAGACAACAUAAAGAAAGAAACUCCAUCCCUUGAAGUUACAACUCAUGAGUUACAAGACUUGGCUGUAGAUGAUCCACAUGAUGACAAGGAAGAGCAAGAUCUGGACCAACAGGGAAAUGAGGAAAAUCUGUUUGACUCUUUGACGGGGCAGCCACAUCCUGAAGAUGUACUCCUGUUUGCCAUUCCAAUAUGUGCCCCAUACAACACCAUGACAAACUAUAAAUACAAAGUGAAACUUACUCCUGGAGUUCAGAAAAAGGGAAAAGCUGCAAAAACAGCCUUGAAUAGUUUCAUGCAUUCCAAGGAAGCAACAGCAAGAGAAAAAGACUUAUUCCGCAGUGUAAAGGUAAAGUAUUCCUCUAGAAACUUCUGGAGACUGGUGUUGCAAUUAAAAAUGUUAGCAGUUAUUGCUUUGUUAGUAGAUGGAACCUGCAGCUAUUAUUUUGGUAGAAAAUGCGGUCUUACUAGAAGCAAUAUAAAAUAAGUAAAAUCAUAUUGGGUGAAAAUUUUAGAAAUGCCAUUCUUUUGACAGCAGAGGACAUAUAAUUGUCAUAAAAGAAAAUAUGAUUGUGAAGAUACUCAGCAAUUCUUUUUUUUAGGACACGGAUUUAUCAAGAAACAUUCCUGGCAAAGUGAAAGUGUCUGCACCCAAUCUUCUGAAUGUAAAAAGAAAAUAGCUGAAAUGAAAUCCUAAAAUAUUUGAGAAGAGUCAAUUUUAUAGCCUUUUGGAAGUUCAGAGAUGAAAACAUCAUGUAACAAGACUUCCGCAUUUAAAAAUAAACUAAACGUUGCCUUGUA